GUGAUGUUGUAGCUGAGAUGAAAUUCAUUGGGCAUCUCAGUUUUUUUGGUUUUUUCAUCUUGCAACAUCUUGAUCUUCUCCCCCCAUCAUGAUCAAUGUCGAUUCAUUCAACAUCCCCACAGUGAAACUAUUAGGAGCAUAGUGCUGUUUCAACAACAAAUACAACCCAUUCUACAACAUCGACUACAUCCUUCGUCCAAGGACUUUCAUCACUAACCACCAAAAAGGACUCAAAAUGGUGUCCAAAUCUGCGACCAUUCCGAUCAAGCUGCUCUUCGAGGCUAUUCCGCAUCCCGUCACAGUCGAGCUCAAAAACGGAGACAAGUACAGAGGAAAGCUGGUGCACUGUGAGGAGAGCAUGAACUGUUUGUUAUGAAAUUACCGGUGCAAUAUUAUAUAUACCGAAACUGAUACUGAUAGUGACACGCUUUAGCGUAGCAUGUCUCCCCGAUAGACGAAACUGAUACUGAUAGCGACACGCUUUAGGGCGUAGCAUGUCUUAAGGCUCAGCUUUCAAUGGUCAUUGGGGUUGGUCACUGAGAUCCCUCUUGAGAGAACAGGGGAAAAUGAAGGAAAAGCAAAGGGAGAGGCAUGGGGCCCAUUUCUUUCAGAGUCAGUGACCAUUGAAUGCUGAGCCUUAAGACAUGCUACGCCCUAAAGCGUGCCACUAUCAGUAUCAGUCUCGGUAUAUAAUAGUGAAACUGAUACUGAUAGUGACACGCUGUAGCGUAGCAUGUCUCCCCGAUAGACGAAGGACUUCUUCACUUCUAGCAUGUGGCGUUCGUUGUACAAAUAACAUUUUUUUGUUGCUUCAUCCCAAUGCCAAUCCCAAUCCCAAUGCCAAUCCCAAUGCCAAUCCCGCGUAUGUAUCCCUCGUUUGUAGCUAUCCUUUUUUCACAACCCUUCCUCCCUUCAUGACUUCUCGAGAACGUGACCAAGACUUUGAAGACUGGCGAAGUUUCCACCUUGGAGCAGGUCCAUCUGCGUGGAAGCCAAGUUCGUCUCUUCACUCUGCCAGAGUUGCUCAAGCAUGCACGUAUCCUCAAAGGCGGUCAGGCAGCGGCAGCAGCUGGACGUGGCAGAGGCAGAAAUGUCGCUGCACACGGAGCCAAAGUGGCGGCGGCGAAGAAGUAAAAAGGUGGUCACGCUAGAAAAUACUAUACGUGGUAUUUACUAGUUGUAAAAUAGUGGUACGCUACGUUAUUUACUAUGGUACGUACAAGAGCACUUCUGCCCGUAGUGACGCAAUGGGCAAUCUUCUGGAAAAGGAGACUACGAAGAUUUGCUGUUGACGACGACUACGACUCCAGGAAGUUUUGUGUAGUUGUUUUCGUUCGACAACGGGAAGGACAAAAUAUAGAACGUGCUUUCUCUGACUCUAGGGGAGAGGAAAAUGGGAAGCACAUAUAACGAUCCAAAAGUUUCACCUAAAAAGUCUUAGAAGGAAGAUAAAAAUUUCAAUACCCUGAUAAUUUUCGAACACGCCAUCAUCAUAUCAGAUGUUGAUCCUAGUACAUGUUUCUUGACUAGUACAUGCAUGAAAAUGAUCUUAAUAUGGUGACCACAAACGCUUAUCUAUGCAUUCUCUACCCUCCAAUACCUUCGCAGACAAAUAAUUUCGACAAUAAGAUUCUGAUGUCGUGUGAAUGACCCUACUAAAACUAUUACAACGAAGAAGUCGCUCCGCUCUCGCUUAUUACUGCCGAGGACCAGCGUGGGGCUAGGAUCUUGAGGAGUUUUUAGGUGUUCAUCCUCACUCAAACUGUCAAUCGAGGACACAAUGAUCACGACAUCGAGGACACCGACACAGUUGAGAGAGAAUGGUAAACUUCGGAGACGACGUGAGAGACUUUUACACGUCUAGAAGUACAGUCAACACGUAAAAAA